AUGGCUUGUCGUGGCUGCUGCUGCGGGCUCGGUCCAUUAAACGAGGAUAAUGCGAGGUUCCUGAUGCUGGCGCUGCUCAUCAUCAUCUACCUUUUGUGCGGAGCCGCCGUCUUCUCGGCGCUCGAGUACCCCAGAGAGAAGCAGGCGAAGGACAGGUGGGCGCAAAGGUUCGAACAUUUCACCCAGAAACACAACUUGAGCAAAAAGGACCUGGAAAACUUUCUGAGAUACUACGAGGAGGCCAAUGUCGCCGGGAUUCGCGUGGACAGCACCAGAGCCCGCUGGGAUUUCACCGGGGCUUUUUAUUUCGUGGGAACUGUGGUUUCCACCAUAGGAUUCGGAAUGACAACGCCCACCACCGUGGGCGGUAAGGUCUUCCUGAUCUUCUACGGCCUCAUCGGCUGCGCCGCCACCAUCCUCUUCUUCAACCUAUUCUUGGAGCGUCUCAUCACCGUGCUGGCCUUCGUGCUCAAGUCGUGCCACGAAAGGCAGAGGCGGCGGAGAGGGGUGCUGCCUCAUGGCGGUCGGCAGACAUGCCCCGAUGGCCGGGGCGAGAGCCUGGCGGGAUGGAAGCCCUCGGUUUACUAUGUGAUGCUGAUCCUGUGCCUGGCGGCGGUGCUGGUGUCCUGCUGUGCAUCGGCCAUGUACUCGGCAGUCGAGGGUUGGGGAUACUUUGACUCGCUGUACUUCUGCUUCGUGGCCUUCAGCACCAUUGGCUUCGGGGACCUGGUGAGCAGCCAGCGGGCAUCGUACGAGAACCAGGCAGCUUACCGGCUGGGCAACUUCCUCUUCAUCCUAACGGGCGUGUGCUGUAUCUACUCGCUCUUCAACGUCAUCUCCAUUGUCAUCAAGCAGGUGCUCAACUGGAUCCUGGGCAGGCUAACCCGACCCUGGUGUGCCCAUGCCGGCACGUGUUGCCCGCGUAUGGGGCUCCGUCCCCGCCGUAACGCAGUGGGGCCUCGUCGCGCCCGUAUCCGCCACAACGUCUCCAUCGAGACGGACGCCGUUAAUGACAGUGAAGAGACGGAUGGGCGUCGCAUGUCUGGGGAGAUGAUCUCCAUGAGGGACUUCCUGGCUGCCAACAAGGUGAACCUGGCCAUCAUGCAGAAGCAGCUUUCGGAAACGGCCAAUGGGCACCCGCGGCAGUCUGGCUCCGGAUCGCGCCACAACGGCUUCUCCGAUGGGGUCGGCGCCCUGGCCAUCAUGAACAACCGGCUGGCAGAGACCAGCGUGGACAGAUGA